GCGGCCGCCACCCGCCCCAGCACCCGCCCCUACUCCCGCCCCUGGGUCGGAAUGGUGGUGCCCACGGCGCCGCCGCCCCAGACUGCCGCGGCCGAGGCGGCGGUAGAAUGGGAGGCAGCGCGGGCGGCAGCACCGCGCACGACGCCCGCGCGGCGCUCCGCGGCGAUCGCCAAGGAGGCAUGGCAUGCCAAGCAGCGGGCGGUGGAGGCGGAGAAGGCGGCGUGGGCGGAGGCGAGGCAGAUGGCGGCGCGACCUGCGCAGGGCUUCGCGCCUUCGGUCGACCCCUUCGAACGCGACCUUUGGCGGUGGGAGGCGGGCGGCUGGUAGAGCGUGAUAUCGUGAUGCUGUUGAUUGUGUGGGAAUGCCGACCGGGAGCACUCGCGUGCAGUGUGAUGAAGAUAGCUUGAGUACCUGUGUACCUCGGAGAGUCGUGUGUCGAGCCGUGCAACUGCAUGUCUGUGUCGGGGGGGGGGGGGGGGGGCUGAGUCUCGGGUCUGGCGUCUGAG